AUGGAUCAUUCAAUACAGCGGUUGCUGAACGACAAGCUCUACGAUAAGAGGAAGCAGGGAGCUCUGGAGCUAGAGAAAAUCGUUCGAGAUGCCGUUUUCAGAGGAGAACAAGAAAAGAUUGCAAAGAUUGUCGAACAGCUCUGCCACGACUAUGCCUACGCUGUGCACCAACCUCAUGCGAGGAAUGGAGGUCUGAUCGGAUUGGCGGCUGCCUCGAUCGCACUGGGAUCUGAAGGAGUUGCGCCUUACUUGAAAGAAAUUGUCCCGCCGGUUCUAGCUUGCUUUACCGACCAAGAUGCACGAGUCCGCUAUUAUUCUUGCGAGAGCAUGUACAACAUCGCCAAGGUGGCCAAGGGAGAGGUUCUGCUCUUCUUCAAUGAGAUAUUCGAUGCGUUGGCCAAGCUCGCGUCCGACUCGGAACUCUCCGUGAAAAAUGGCGCGGAGCUUCUCGAUCGACUGGUUAAGGAUAUUGUAGCUGAGUCUGCAGCUUCAUAUGUCUCUGUGCUACAACUUUCGGAGAAGGAGACGGCCGACCCAGACGACGCGCAUGAUACGGAACUCCCUACCGCAUUCUCCCUCGCCAAGUUCAUACCUUUGCUCAAAGAACGAAUUCAUGUGAUCGGGCCAUACACUCGCAACUUCCUGGUAUCUUGGUUGACCUUACUCGAUACGAUCCCUGACCUAGAACUCGUCACCUUCUUGCCUGAGUUUCUGGAAGGACUGAUUAAGUUUCUUGGUGGACCUCACAAAGAUGUCAACGUUGCUACACAGGGUCUUCUAGACAGGUUUCUCACGGAGAUCAAGAGAAUCACUCGUCUGAAGAAAGGAAUCGCAGAAAGUCGAAAGGGACAAGAGAGCCGCAGGCGUUCUAAUGCCAGUGAUACUGUGAGCGCCAAAACCGAGCAGACACUUGAGACCGCUGGUGCAGAGGAUGGUGAGAAGGAUGACAUUGCGGUCGAAGACUCGGCAUCAGAUUCACUGUUUGACGAUGAGGCGAUCCAGGCCGAUGAUGACUGGAUCCCGGGUCAAGACGUUCAUAUCGACUAUCCCAAGAUUCUGGACAUUCUAGUCAGCUUUGUCGAUACCUCAUUCGAGGAGGAGAUGCAAUUGACUGCACUUCGCUGGAUCGAUGCUUUCUUUGAGAUCAGCCCUGAGGAUAUCCUUCCGUUUGUCCCGAGGCUGCUGACUCAAGUGCUCCCGGCGAUGUCUAGUGGGUCGGAUUCGGUGCGACAGGCAGCGAACCGAGUCAACAAGUCCCUCCUCGAAUACAUAUACUCUCUUUCAGAUGACGCCCCUGAGGAAUACGCCCAAGCGUCAUCCAAACUUCCUUCAACCGCACCUAGCAAGGAGAGCAUAGACAGAAAACCUUCAGAAAUUCCCAACCCCGAUUCAAGGAGAACAACACAAGAGUCUUCUCGGGCUCCGACACCGCGGAGUAGUAUCAUUUCAGCGCCCGCACAGCCAGCCGAUCUCGAUUACGCUGCAGCGGUGAACUCGCUGAUUUUGCAAUUCUUGAAUGAAAAUGAAGCUACUCGGGUAGCUGCACUUUCGUGGCUGAUCAUGUUACACCGGAAAGCGCCACGAAAAGUGGUUGCAUUCAAUGACGGAACCUUCCCAGCUCUGUUGAAAACGCUCUCUGACCCUGCAGAAGCAGUUGUGACUAAGGACCUGCAACUGCUGUCUCAAAUCUCAAGAAACAGCGAGGAUAGCUACUUCACUUCGUUCAUGGUGAAUCUGCUUCAGCUUUUCUCCACUGACCGACACCUGUUGGAGGUUCGGGGCAAUUUGAUUAUCCGGCAGUUGUGCCUGAAUCUGAGCCCUGAGCGAAUCUAUCGGACCCUGGCAGACUGCCUCGAGAAGGAAGAGGAUCUCGAAUUUGCCAGCAUCAUGGUGCAGAAUUUGAACAACAAUCUUAUUACCGCCCCUGAACUGUCUGAUAUGAGAAAGCGCUUGAGGAACCUUGACACAAGGGAGGGACAAAUGUUUUUCGUUGCCCUAUUCCGGUCUUGGUGCCAUAAUGCCGUGUCUACCUUUUCCCUGUGCCUUCUUGCUCAGGCCUAUGAGCAGGCUUACAAUCUUUUGCAGAUCUUUGCCGAGCUUGAAAUGACGGUCAACAUGCUGAUCCAAAUCGACAAGCUGGUGCAGCUGCUCGAGUCCCCCGUCUUCACCUACCUUCGUCUCCAACUUCUCGAACCCGAAAAAUACCCCUACCUGUACAAAUGUCUAUACGGUGUCCUCAUGCUCCUCCCCCAGAGCUCCGCCUUUGCCGCCCUUAAAAACCGGCUGAAUAGCGUCAGCAACAUCGGUUUCCUCCAUGGUGGUCCCCGCAGCACACCCCAAACUGCACCAUCUUUCGAUCGUUCGUCCGGCACCCGCGUCAAGAGUCGUGACGAUAUUCGGUGGACAGAACUCCUCGAUAAAUUCAAGGCUGUCCAAGAACGGGCGCGUCGCGCGCAGGCUGCGCAGCGCCACUCACUGGACCCGACAGACACCUUGCAGAACCCUUCGUUAACUGCCGCACUAUCUGCGGCGACGGUUGACCGAGCGCGAGAUCGAUCGGCUCUGCCUGACGCGCCGCGCGCGGGCAUGGUGUCUCCCAUCGGUAUCGGCAUUGGCCAUGUGCCUGGAGCGGCUGGUAUGGGUGGGAGCGGCAAUCGGGGAGCGCUGGACACCAGAGCCACCAGCUCCACAACUCUUCUUGGUUCUGCACAUAAACACAAGUCGAGUCUGCCGAAUCUGGGGAGACUGGGAAUCGGAGGACGCAAGUCGAAGAGAUGA